CUUUACUAAUGCCUGCCGUUGCUAACUAUCGGUUGGCAGAUGCUAUAGUCGACGGCUGUCCACCCCCUUACCCACCCCAUCAAGGCCUCACUUAUAGACCAGAAACCAGCAAGGAAAUUUGCAAAACCAGUGGACAUGCAAUCAUGGAUUCGUUUCAACGAAGGAUUGGUAUCUUCAGCUGUCUUAUGAGCACGACCAAAAGUCCGCAGAUUAACUAUCCUUAUGCAGCAGAAGCCGAGGGACGGGAGGUUAUCAGAUUGAUUUCCAAAUUAAUCUGAUCAUUAGGGCUAAGGUAUGGUCCUCACGUGACUGUACACUUUUACGCUCCCACGUCUACACUGCUUUUCGGCCAAAGUAAUGCAGACCUGGGAAGAGCCCAGGAUUGAGUCAUCGUGGUUGGAUCGUUCUGCAUGGUUACAACCGCUCUUCAGUGGAAUUACUGGUAGGGAUCUCUGUUGAACCGUUUCUGACUCAGUUAUCCUGGCUAUCUUAAUUCCUGCCAGGGUCAUCACAAUGGUUGGGGCUCUAUCAAGGAAAAUUGGAGACGCUAACUUGACAUGGUGAAUCCGGGCGAUUCCUCCGCGGUGAUCC